AGAUCCACGAAACGGCUUUAGUUGUGGUAUAAAACGGGGGGAACAGAGUGGUUGCACUACACUCCAGCAAUCGCUGACAUACAAGCAAGGCGAAUAUGAAGCUAUUGAGGUCGUCCUUCAUCCUGGCCGUGGCUUUGAGCCUGGCCACGGCAGAGGAAAAGGUGGAGAAAGACACAAAGGCUAACGCUGUAGAAGACAAGAAACAAGAGAAAAGAGGUCUUUCUGAAUGGUACGGCAACAGCGGCGCCGGCGGCGACUUCGGUCACAUCGAAUCAGGUCAUGGAGAUAUCGGCGGUGAUUCAGGAGAUCUUGGAGGCCAAGGAGACUUCGGAGGCCAUGGUGAUUUAGGAGGCCACGGAUUGGAAGCCCACCAAGAAGAACAUGUGCACAAAACCGUCACUGUUGUCAAGAAAGUGGCCGUUCCUUAUCCAGUGGAGAAACACAUCCCAGUUCCCGUUGAGAAGCGUGUUCCAUACCCAGUGAAAGUGCCCGUGCCUCAUCCGUACCCCGUCGUGAAGACCGUGCACUUCCCAGUGAAAGAGUACGUCAAAGUACCUGAAUAUAUCCCCAAGCCGUACCCAGUAACGAAGCAUGUGCCCGUCCCAGUCAAGGUUCAUGUCGACAGGCCUGUCCCAGUAAAGGUCUACGAGCAUGUGCCGUACCCAGUCGAGAAACAUAUCCCAGUGCCAGUUAAAGUGCCCGUGCCACAGCCCUACCCGGUAGAAAAGGAAGUCCACGUCCCAUACAAGGUCCCAGUGAAGGUGCACGUUCCCUACCCAGUUGAGAAAGUGGUACACUACCCAGUUAAAGUACCAGUCGACAACCCUGUCCCUGUCCACGUUGAGAAGCCAGUGCCGGUACCAGUUGAGAAGCCUGUCCCAUACCCAGUGGAGAAAAAAGUGCCGUAUCCCGUCAAAGUGCACGUUGACAACCCGGUGCCAGUGCACGUUGAAAAACCAGUGCCUUACCCUGUCAAGGUGCCAGUGCCAGCGCCUUACCCAGUAGAAAAGAUCAUCCCCUACCCAGUAGAGAAGAAAGUGCCUAUCCCAGUCAAAAUCCCCGUUGAUAGGCCCUACCCUGUGCAUAUAGAGAAACACGUCCCCCACUAUGUAGAAAAACACGUGCCUUACACAGUCAAGGUACCGGUGCCUAUCAUCCAAGAGGAGAAACACGAAAGCCAUGGUUGGGAAGCCUCUUCUGGACAGGAAGGAUAUGGCGGAAGCCUGGAGGGUGGUCACGAGGAAUACCACCACUAAACAGAACUGAUCUCUUUUUUAGUGUUUUUUUUGUUUUAUCUAGCUUUAAAUGUUAUCUCAUGUUAGUUCUCAGCUAAGUUUUGCGACUGCUCUUUUUGUAAAUAGUGACGAAAGUAUUAAAAAAAAAUUGAAUAUUU